UGUACUUUUUUUGAUUGGCCCGCAACCGAACUCAACUUUAUUACAACUUUGCCAAGGAGGCGAACAAGAAGAAGAUAAAUAUUGCUUCCCUCUCUCUCUUUCUCUUUGUUCAGCUUCUCAAGAUCUUCCUUGCUUUCGGUGCUUUCAAAAGCCAAUCUUACUCUGCAGUAGUACUCGACCUCUCUUUUUCCCCCUGCUUCCCAAUCACCCUCUCAUUUCCGUACAACACAGACCUCAAGGUUCCAUUUAUUUACGCCCCUGUGACAUUAUCUUCUAGCUAAGGUUGUUGCUUGCCCCUCUCAGUAAGCUUAUGCUUAUGUCAAGCUAAGCCAAGGUUGCUUCUCGUACAAGUUCUUAUCCCACUUUUGUGCUUAAGAACCAAGCUGAACGGAAAGUGAAAGAAGAAAAGGAGAGGACAAAAUUCCCAGAAUAAGCUACGUGAGGUCACCCUGCAGGGUAUGUAUGUAUAAUAGUGCCCCGCCUAUCAAAUCGUGGCAAACAGAGUUGCCGUUAAUGGAUUCAAAUACCCAUCUCAAUCUGGAGCACCAACAGCCCCACCACCAACCCAAUUCUGGGUUGCUCCGAUUUCGCUCUGCUCCGAGCUCAGUGUUCGCUGAGAACAACAACAACGCCGAUUUGGGGGUCCAUAAGGGAACUUUAAUCGAGGGUGGUUCCGACUCCGACAGAUUGUUCUCGAGAUUCGUGAGCUACAGUCACAGUAACGACUCGGAAUCGUGGCCGUCGAGUUUCCAGGAGUUCGAGGACAAAUCUACGGUGACGGAGGCGGCUGUGACGGCGAGUCGUAUGAGCUCACAGCAUCAGCAGCAGGGGUUUCCUGGUCUUCCACCUCAUUAUCCGAGACAGAACUCGUUUGGGAGUGGUAAUGGCUCUUAUGGGUUGGUGGGUUCGGCUGCAGUGGAACAUCACCCGCAAGCCAAGACUGUUACUUCCAAUCUUGUUCGGCAGAGUAGUUCUCCUGCUGGGCUUUUCUCCAACAACACCUCUGUUCAAAAUGGAUUCCCAUUUGGAGCUUGGAAUGAUCCAUCAAAUUUUGCCGAUAAUUUAAGUGGCAUGAGAAGAGACCAAGAUAAUGACCAGAAGUUAUUCUCUGCUACUCAGAAUGGUGAUCUUGGGAACCGGAUUCAUAUAUUAUCCCACCACUUGAGUUUACCAAAAAAUUCAGCAGAAGUUGCCAUGGAAAAGUUCCUCCAACUCCAAGAUUCUGUACCUUGCAAAGUUAGAGCAAAGCGAGGUUGUGCCACUCAUCCUCGAAGCAUUGCAGAAAGGGUGAGAAGAACACGGAUUAGUGAACGAAUGAGGAAGCUACAAGAGCUUGUGCCGAACAUGGACAAGCAAACAAAUACAGCAGACAUGUUGGACUUGGCUGUUGAUUAUAUUAAAGAACUUCAGAAACAGUUCAAGAGUCUUAGCGAUGUUCGAGCCAACUGCAAGUGUUUGAGUAUGCAGAAGCCCGUUCAAAAUCAGAUAGUUUGACGGCCUUUUCUGUACAGGAGACCAGGAAAGUGAUGGAGAAGUAGUGGAUGGAAACAAAAUGUUACACACCUUUUGGUUACGCCAUGAAUAGUAAGUAGAAACUAGUUAAGGAGCUAAAUUAAAAGCAUGAUCAAGAAGUGAUAUAAAAAGGAGCUCUAAGAUAUCGCUGUACCUUCUGGUGGGAUGUGAUGUGGUAGGCUGGUAGAGUUUGCACCACAACAUCUGAGGGGACCAUGUCCUGAUAUAAGUUAACAAGCUAGGGUUCCUAUUACACAGAAUAUGAAUAAAAGACAAAGAAUGUACAGGAUAUGUUCUCCAAUAAUAAUGCAGUCCUUUUGUUGCAGUUAGAUGUA